GUCUGUUGACGAUACCGCACGAAUUUUUCUUCAUCAUUUUGAUCUCAACCAGAUUUCGGAAAUGGGCUGUAGAAAACUCUUUAUCGUGGUUUUAUUCAUUUUUCCAUUUUAUAUACGGUGUCAGGAUGGAACAACUGUUGGAACAGUUGGACAGACUUCUACAACACCAGUGCAGACUGUGGCAGCAGUGGUGCAGGAGAAUGCUACAAAAACUACCACCACACCUAAGACUGUGACUCACAACAUAUCGGAUCCAACGGCUCAAGUGCCAACAUCGAAAUCUUCAAACACAUCCGCAGGAACUACAGGAAAUGACACUUCUAGUCCUACAACUACAACAUCGGCGAGUGAAAAAACCAAUGAGGAACUCCCAACUGAAGAUGCAGUAACAGAUGAAGCCAUGGCAACCACUGGCCUUGAUGAUGAAGAUUCUGUCACUACAACUGCUCAACCAACUACACCACCUCUACCAACUUACUAUGAGCUCUGUCCGUCUGGUCUGCCUUGUGAGAAGCUAGGUGCACAGUGUCUCAAUUGCAGUAUGGACACCUCUUGCGUGUAUGGGAGAGAAUAUAAUACGACUUGUUACCCCAAGCAAGGCCUCGACUGUGUGGGCCCUUUACCUGUCAAAAGGACGUAUCAAUGUAGAUAUUGUUACCAGACUGAGACUUGGCAGCAAUCCUGUACACCAGCCAAUAACUGCCAUGUUUAUGCUUGCCCUAAGCAAUAUAUCAGAGUCAAUUGCACAGUGGACGAAGAUGUCUUCUGUUUAGGCUCCAGAAAUUUUCAUAGAAGAAAACCCUGCAAUUGGACUUCAGGCUCAAAGUGGUCGACAGCACUCAUAUUAAGUGUCACACUUGGAGGAUUUGGAGCGGAUAGAUUUUACCUGGGCUAUUGGCAGUCGGGUCUGGGAAAGCUCUUCAGCUUUGGAGGAGCCGGGGUCUGGACGUUGAUUGAUGUGUUGCUCAUCGCGGUUGGCUACAUCACCCCCUCAGAUGGAUCUCACUACAUUUAUUGACCAAUCAGAUGGACUGUUAUAUCUGUUUUGGUCGUCAAUUCCUCAUGCAAGAUUUCAAGAAUGUUUACAAAGAUUGAGCUGAUUUGGUUGAUUAUUAUCUAACAUGGGAUACAUUUUUAUUGGUGUAAGUGAUAUCGACGGGCUGAUUCGUUAAAAAAAAUUUGUCCACUUGUCAACUAAUUGCCCAUCUAAACUACACAGAUGAUAAAUAUGGUGUGUAAUAAAAACGUAUAAUGGUAAAAUUGCUAUCAGUGGCAACUUACACAGUACCAGGACUUCAAAGAUGAAGAUCCAGGGCAGGUAUUCAAUUG